UAAGGGUUAGGGUUAGGAAAGGUUAUUAGGGUAAGGGUUAGGGUUAGGAAAGGUUAGAGUUAGGGAUCCCGGUCCAAUGCACAGGCCAUCACAGCUCUCCACCAGGGCCUAAGGCCUACCUCUCAUUGAGGCCUUGGGGGUGAAGCGUGCCGAGUCUGGCGAUCCAAAUACGUUCGGCUCGCCGUCUUUGAGCCACACUCCAUUUUGGGUCCGCCUCCAGGACCGAGGCCCGGACAGCGUCCCAUCCGUGGAGGAGGAAGUGUCCCACCAAUAAGGUCUGGUGCUUGAAAAAUUGCCCGUGACCCCUGGGUGCAGAGGUCAACAAAGGCGAGAGUUUUGCCUUAACCAGAUCCUGUGAAAUCGGAGCAGCUGGGACUUCACCAGCCCAGCAAAGGCUAUCGAUGUCCAGUGUGAACAACAUGGCGUCCUGUGGAAUGUGAAGUGUCCUGAUUGUUUCCACAAAGUGUCAGAGACUAUAGGUCGGCCUGGAGGGAUUUCAUGCGGCCUGCUCCACUUUGUGGGAUCCUUGUGGAUCUUCGGCAGCAUGUAAAACAGUCUCGCCCUGGGUUCAGAGGUGCCGAGAAGCUCCUCCAGAGCCACAGCCUCCUCAGGGCUGAGGUUCGGCCUGUUGUGGCUGAUCUGAAAGUGCUGAUCAAAGUGAUCAAGGUCAGCCGUGAUGAGGGCAGCGAGCUCGGGUGGCAAAGUGCCCUCAGGCUUAUGGGGAUUUCUAGUUUAAGUGCUGGCCCCAGUGCUGCAGCAUGAGACCAGCAGUCUCCCGGGUCCAGUGGAUCUUGUCCUCCACAGUUGCAAAGGAGACCGAAAGACAGGACCACCUUCUCCACCGUGGUGGAGACGACGGACCUGGAGAGGAUGGCCUCAGCGUGCCUGAAAGUGGCUCCUGGGUGGAUUUGAAUUUGUGCUUUGUGGUCCUAGGUUCAGCUGGCGUUGGACCGCAGACCUCAGCCUGCACGGAGUUGAGACAGCCACAGGACUGGGAGCAGGUGGAGGUGUCUGUGGGUUACGAUGAAGGGAGACAUCAGGCCCGACCUCCUUGGCUGGAGUGCGUUUCACCCUCUGGGCCUUGGGUGAGGCCUCCCGGGGGGCAGGGGAGAGGAAAGUCUCCUCACCCACUGCAGGAGACCACUCACCCUGGGCCGGCUCGGUCAUUGUGGCUACGGAGACAGGCCCCGCCGCAGGGUGCCCGCGUCGAGGCGACGGCCCAGGUUCUUUCGCGCCCAGGAAGAAGCCACCUCGAGCGGAGCACGCCAGUGGGCCUGCGUGUGAGGAGUGGGAGCCGCUGGCUUGAUGUUCUCUGCCAGGUUCUGCCCCAUUCUGGCGAUGGAAGGAGGAGGGUCAGAUGCAGAGACAUUCUUGAGGUGGUGGACCGUUUUGAUGAUUGG